AUGAGCCAGCUUGCAAGCCAGCUAAGUCAGCUUCUGUUACACGAUGGACAGAUCGUGCGCCUCGCCGACGUAUGGAAGACGUGCAACAAGAUCCGCGCGGCGGCCUUCCGCGUGGGGCUCAACUUGUGGGACUGGUAUCGACCGCUCGACCCCACCGGCAACUGCCUCUUGUCGGAGUCGAAGUUCGUGUCGAUCCUCGCGGGGCCCCUGCGCUCCGUGAUCGGGCUCUCGGACGACGAGAUCUCUCAGCUGGCGGACUACUUCCGCGCCCAGGACGGCCGGAUACUCUACCACCAGCUCUGCCAGAUCAUACACGGAGAAGAUGGCGGCGACCGCGGCCGCACCACGGCGGACUGCCUCCUGGAGGCGUGCCCGCCACCGCCAGAGCCCAACUGCCACAAGCUGGACCAGUGGCAGACGCGGCGGCUGUGCUGCCUCCUGGCCACCAUCGCGCAACGGGACCUGCCCCUCCGCCCCUACUUCCAGGACUACGAGCUCGUGGCUAAAAACGACGGACGCAUAACAUUCGCCCACUUUGCUCGCAUCCUGAACUUUGUGGGGAUCAUCCUCUCGCCCGAGGACUUCAAUCUGCUCGUGCGCCGUUUCAUCAAAGACUCCUACACCCUCGACUACGUGGAGUUCCUCAAAGCCGUCGAGGCAGUGAAGAAGGAAGGAAUACGAGGCUUGGGGCCUGCCUAUCAGCACCCGGGCGCGGUGAUAGACACCACGCUGCCGAAACAGUCGCGGCCGGAGAUGGAGGCCGGGCGGCCGGGAGCCCUGCUGGGCGGCGAGGCCUUCCAUCCGGCACUCCAGCCGCCCAAGCCCACGCGGAACCUGCUGGAUAUCAUGCUGAGGGUGCAGCAGUUCGUGAUGCAGAGGCGCGUCAGGGUUUCAGAGUUCUUCAGGGUCAGUGCUGGAUCUUAUUCUUAUGACGACUCCGACGCUGGGCUAUGCGGACACUGGAUCUUAUUCUUU